AUGACGCCUGAAGUCAUUAAAGUCUGGCUCAUUUCAACGACCACUGGUGAAAUUCUGGCAGAGACUUCUUUAGAGUACUAUCGAGUACUGUAUGUGCGAAAAAAUUUAGGUGGAAAGCCUGGAGCCUGUGGUAGUGGACAAAGGGAAGAUGGAGGCAAUGAUGGUGGAGCCAGUGGAGGUGGGGCUAGUGGAGGUAGAGCCAGUGGAGGCAGAAGCAGUGGAGGUGGAAGUAGUGGAGAAGGGGCCAGUGGUAGUGGAGUCAGUGGAGAUGGGACUGGUGGAACGGGAGCAGGUGGAUGUGGAGGAAAGGGAUGUGGAACCUAUGGAGGUGGAGCUACUGGAUGUCAAUACAGAAUAGAAGCUUCUCAACUGGGCUCAGAUGUGGUGUCGAAGUUGUGUGAGCUUAUACAAAAGUGCAGUGUGGGUAUCCAGAGGCAGGAACCAUCUGCCACACAAAAUAAAGCAUGUACUGAAGCUGAGGAGGAUUUGGAAGAUGAUCAACUGUCAUGCACUCAGGAAAGUAAUGAAAACUACUUUGCUGACACAGAGGAUUGCUCAAGUGUUUCAUCUGAAACUGAUAGUGCUUUGUCUGAUUCAGAAAGCUGGGAUGAAUCUUUAAGUGAUUCUCCACUUUCAUUCCCCUGGGUGAAUUCUAGAUCAAGCAAAUCUCAAGAAGCCAUUCCUGAAACAGAAUCAACUCAACAUUCACGCGAAGCUGUUUACAGUAAACUUAAUGUGAGCCAUGAAAUCCAAGAACUAAUGACAGAGGGCUUCACUAGUGAGGAUAGCAUUGGUAACAAUAAUUAUGUUGGAAGUGGUGUUUGUCACAAGUGGAACACAUCUUUACCAGAGUCGAAAAAGACUGAAGAAAAUUGUGAAAAAGAUGACCACAAUAAAAUGCAGGAUUCAAGUCAGGAAUGGGCUUUCUUUUCCGAAGGAAGAACCUCACAUAUUCAGUUAGCAUCACAUGACAAUACCCCACUGCUUUGUCUUGAUGCUCUUGAUCUUAUUGUGGAGAAUGAAGAAAGCCAGUACCAAGAUAAUGAACUUUUUGAGGCACCUCACGCAGAAAAUGCUAAACCAAAAGAUUCAGAAUCAAUUCUUUCUGUAACUUCAAACCAGCAAUCAGCAACACAUGCUGGACCAACUACUCAAUCUCAGGCAGCUCAAUCUCCUGUAAGCAACCCUUUAUGGAAUGGAGACAGCCAAUUAAACAUGGCCCCUCCGCAGUGUAGUGAUGAGGAAAUACACUCAGGUCAGGAAUGGGAAGAAUCAGGGGAAGGUCUCGCCAGUUGGUUUGAUCUUUGUGAGAAUGAAGAUGCUGGAAAGAAUGAGCAUUCAAAAUGGGAAAUGCCAUCUAUUGAACCAAAUAAGACUGAUGGAGGUGUGGAGAGAGAUGUCUUUGAUUCAGAGGAAGAUUUAAGCAGAGAACAGGGGCUCCUUUCUGAACAAAGGAACUUGCGUAUUCGCCUAUCAUUACCAGUUGUUACCCCUGUGUGCGGUUUUGGGAUUCCUCAUCCAUUUGUAUAUCCUUUCAUGAUGUUUCACAAGGACAUUCCACUCUUUAUGGCUGCAAGAUAUGGUCACACUGAUAUUGUAAGGUUGCUCUUAGAGAACGGAACUGAUGUCUACAAGGGAAGAGGGGAAACUCCACUCUCAUGGGCUGCAAGAAAUGGUCAGACUAAUAUUGUAAGGUUGCUCAUAGAGAACGGAGCUGAUGUCAACAAAGGAAGAGGGGACACUCCACUCUCUGGGGCUGCAAGAUAUGGUCACACUGAUAUUGACACUCCACUCCUUAAGGCUGCAAUAUAUGGUCACACUGAUAUUGACACUCCACUCUCUGGGGCUGCAAGAUAUGGUCACACUGAUAUUGACACUCCACUCCUUAAGGCUGCAAGAUAUGGUCACACUGAUAUUUUAAGGUUGCUCUUAGAGAACGGAGCUGAUGUCAACGAGGGAAGAGGGGAAACUCCACUCUCAUGGGCUGCAAGAAAUGGUCAGACUAAUAUUGUAAGGUUGCUCAUAGAGAACGGAGCUGAUGUCAACAAAGGAAGAGGGGACACUCCACUCUCUGGGGCUGCAAGAUAUGGUCACACUGAUAUUGUAAGGUUGCUCAUAGAGAAGGGAGCUGAUGUCAACAAGGACACUCCACUCCUUAAGGCUGCAAGAUAUGGUCACACUGAUAUUGUAAGGUUGCUCUUAGAGAACGGAGCUGAUGUCAACGAGGGAAGAGGGGACAUUCCACUCUUUAUGGCUGCAAGAUAUGGUCACACUGCUAUUGUAAGGUUGCUCUUAGAGAACGGAACUGAUGUCUACAAGGGAAGAGGGGAAACUCCACUCUCAUGGGCUGCAAGAAAUGGUCAGACUAAUAUUAUAAGGUUGCUCAUAGAGAACGGAGCUGAUGUCAACAAAGGAAGAGGGUUUUAUAGCUUGAAUCCACUCCAACAGGCUUUGGAAAUUGGUCACAGUGAUAUUGUUAAGUUGCUUGUGGAUAAUGGAGCUGAUUUCAAUGUAGCAACCUUGUUUGACACUAUGAUGAUGAAGCUGUUUGAAGAGAGCCUGCGUAGAAAGUUCGAAGCUGAUGCCAGGGAUACUAAACUAUCACUUGAAAGAGAGUUAGAUAUACAGCUGAGAGGGAAGAAGAUAGCAAGUUUGCCUAAAAGGCUAGGAAAGAAGUUGAAAACACAAACAGAGAUGACUAGUCCGAGAGACAUCGUUGAAGAAGGCAAAUGUGGAAAAGACUCGAUGACAGAUGUCGAGCUUGGCUUAAACUGUUUACAUCUCAGCCCGAGAUGUGUUCAGUUUAAGCCUUUCAUUAUGGAAGAAUCGCCUGAUGAUUCUUCCAUAAUGCAUCAUAAUUUUAAAACUAUAAACAGACGUAUGGACAGAGUGACAUUAACAGAUGUAGGCAAUGCUAAACAAGAUCAUUGCGUUGUUGUUGAAAAAGCAAAAACUCACCCUAAUGGUGAUACUAUCAUAAUUUAUGGAAGGAAGAUCAAUGAAGAAGGAUCCGGCGUGGGUGACGCUUUUCAACUGGCGAAUAAGGAUCCCAAAGAUACUUGGGAGGAUGAAGAAAUGAUAGCUGAAAAUGUUCAAAUUGGUUCAGUCGUCAAAUACGUUCAAGUAGGAGAUGAGUUCCUCUUUCAAGGGAACACUAAACGUCCGCGAUGGGAUAAGGAUAGGAUUUUCCUGGGCCUCAGCUGUACUGAUGGCGCUCACAGAGGCAUUGGGAAUGCUUUUCCUAACUCCAAACGUAUAGAGAAAGAUCGUUAUGAAGGCUGUACACCUAAGGAGACAUCGUACUUCAUUAGCCUGAAAUGUGGUGUGGUUGAAAAUGACAGAAUUUCAGUCAUCACUAAGCUUGGAGAACUCUUCAAUCUCAAGCUGAAUUGCAGAGAAGAUGUUAUCCUACCUUUAUCUCCUUCUACACUGGAACUGAGUCAUGUGGAAGAUAACAAAGAUGUUGUGGAUGGGGGAGACGAGCCUAAAGAAAAAUCAGUCGAAGCGGAGAAUCCUGAAGCUGAUCCUGAGGAAAAAGACGAUGAAAAUGGAAACACUUUUUGAGUCCCGGUAAAUAUCAAGUUUAAUUAUUUGACCGGAUACAUGGAAUAAAGAAAAAACAUUACUGACGCCAAAAGGCGAUAUUUUGUAAUGUGGAUUGCUAAACAUUAGACUUAUCGUCAGAGAACACAAUUUUAAGAUUAUUGAAAUAACUGUUGCUGUUUUU